CAUGAUGCAUUUGGAGCAAAAGUAAAGCCGCAUUUGCUCGAAAAUAAAUAUAAAUAAUGUCGCUGCAAUGUAGGUCGUGUGGUGAUAAAAUAUAUACCAAAAAUUCUGUUAAUAUUUUCGAAGGAUCUAGUGAUAUUAUUAAGCAAGUCACUUUGCUGACGGGCAUAGUGCUGACUGACCAACACAAGUUGCCUAGAAAUAUGUGUGCCUGUUGCGUUGUUAGCCUAAAAAGUGCCAUAGCAUUUAGAGAGCUCUGUAUCAGAACUCACACCCUGCUGUCUAACAAUUUGAAGAAGUUAAAAGCCAAAGAUGACAAGGAUUCAGGGGAUCCGCUGAAUAAGACAAGAGAAUCAGUGGAAUUGGAAAAGGAUAGGGAUGAGGACGAGCAGGACGACAUAGGCGAAGAGGACAGGAGUUAUUCCGAAGAGGAAUACUGCAGUACCUAUUACGAAGACGAUCAGAACGCGGAAUUCAAGAUCGAGGAAGACCAAAACGAUGACGAACAGAACGAUGAAGACCAAAACGAUGACGACCAGAACUAUGAUGACCAGACCGAUGAAGACCAGACCGAUGAAGACCAAAACGAUCAAGGCCUAAUCGAUGACGUCCAGUCUGAGGAAUAUUUCGAUGUAAAUAACCAAGAGAUGUCUGAACGUGAAGAGGAAAUAUCGGAAAAUGGAAAGAAUAUUAAGAACAACGGAAAAGAGAUCGAGGAAUACCGCCCCAACGACGACAGUAUGGAUGAUUCAAAUGCGGAAACCUCAAGUCAACCGCCAGGAUCUGAGUUCGACCCUGAAGAAUAUCUUCUUUUCGAUGAAAAAUCUCAAGAUGGUUCAUUAAGCUGUUCUUCAGAUGAAGAAGACGAAGGAGCGCUCACAUCAAAGACCAUAAACAAAAAUUCUCAAUCUUCUGGAAAACGGAAGAGAAAGAGGUACAUAUGCAAUAAAACCUAUGUUUGCGAUCAGUGCGGCAGGAAAUUCAACGAUAAGGGUAAUCUCAAUUUGCACGUACUUCGUCAUACAGGAGUGCGGCCAUUUAAAUGUCCAGAAUGCGACAAAAAAGAAUUCAACAUGUACCUGCUAAAUAUACAUAUCCGGGUGAAACAUCGUGGAGAGAAACCAUUUGCCUGCAAAUACUGCGGCGAGUGUUUUGUGAACAGUACCAAGCGAAGUCGGCAUCAAUUGAGGACACACGAGCACAAGGUUAAGCCAAAGCCUUUGAAGUGUCAUUCUUGCGACUUGCGGUUUGAGAUACUUUCUCAACUGAAGAAGCACGAGGUUGUGCACACCGGGGUACGAAACUUUUCCUGCAAACUUUGCGACAUGUCCUUUUCCCGCAACUCGAAUCUAAAGACCCACUUUAAAUCUAAACAGCAUAUGAAAAUGGAAGAACAUAAUAAAUUUAGAAAAAUUAAAUAAAUUUUCUGCCAAA